UUGAGCUGGCACCUGUGCUGGCAGACAGACAUGUCUCCGUGAAUUCGAAACUUCUCAAACGGACGCUGUACGUCGGCUGCGCAUCGAUCGUCUGCUAGCAUCAAACGAAUGCGUGUGCGUGCGUGUGUGUGUGUUUAAGUGUUAUAUCCUACUUGUGGAUCGUACUUCGUAAGGUUUCUUUUGUGCUAUAUUUAGUUCACGUGAAGCUAAUAUCGAGCUUGUGCGCGGGCGGCAACACAAGUGCUUCGACGACGCUGCUUCGAAAAACAAGAUCGUCUGAAGCUCAUCUCCAACAGUUGUCUAAACGGACGAGGUCCACCGACACGAUAAAACAAGCGGAGACAUGCCAAGACGCAAGAAGUCUGCCUCCGUCGCCGACACGUUGGAGUGCAGACCCGAGGGCAGAAAAGAGGAGAAAUCCGUUGAUGAGUCCGGCUUCCCCGAUAACCACCUGGACGACCUGGACACUCUCAUGUCGGCUGUGGACACCGUCGUCUUGUGCCUAAACGUUCCGCUGGACCGCAGGCGCACCGGAGUGCCGGAUGGCUGUACCGUGACCCCUGACCUCAGGCGCGUCUUCACCGACCCCAAGACCCUGGUGGCCCGCAAGGAGGCCUUCGCGAACCUUGGCGUUUCGAGGGCCUUGUUCGCCGGCUGCGCGGCAUUCUCUUCGUCGAAGCCUUACCGUCGAGCCGCCAUGUCGGUUCUGGCGUCUGCGCGCUCCCUGUGCAUCAUCCACAACAGGGACUACGUGUGCAAGCUGGCGAGCUGGUUCCCCUCGGUCACGGACUUGGCGCUGCCGCACAAUCUGGCCUCCCGUGGCGUCUGCAGCCGCAAAGACUGCGAGGGCCACCGCAACAGAAAGUCAUCCCUGGAGCGGAUCGUGGGCGACGCACCGGCGCUCGGGUCGGCCAACCUCGAGCUGGACGAGCCACUCCUCUCCGACUGCCUGUUGGUGCUUCCCAAUAUAGUCUCCGUUCAUUCCGCCUUGGAUCCGGUGCUUCACAUAUGGAAUGUUCUGUCAGACAAAGUCGUGCUGGAUGACGUGGACUACGCCUACUUACGCAAGUGUCCCGAAGUGAUCCUGGGAAGCUGGUGUGUGCUGCCUGGCAAUACCCUGGCAUACAGAGAUGUUGGUGUCACCGAGGUCACAGGCGCCAGGCGUUUAUGUCCCGCGGUGAGGAAACUUGAGGUGGUGUUUGAGAGGAAAGAGGCCCUGACCGCGGUCAUCGACUACAAGCAACUCGUGAGCCUGUCCUUGAUGUUCGCCGGCAGUGACAAGUGCCACGCCAUGAAAACCGACCUGUCGAAGAUCAUCAGGAAGUUUGUGGAUUUGGAGCGACUUGACCUGCAAUUCUUCAGCAACGUAGACCUGCGGGCCAUUGCCGAGCACUGCCCGAAGCUUGCGAAUCUCUCAUUGCACGGUUCCUCUCUUGUCUCCGACGACAUUGACGCCGCACUCCUGCCGAAGCGUCUCACAUUUCUCCGCAUGGGACCGUGGAUCGAACCAAUAGGAACAUUCCUGUCGCUGUUCAAACGCAAUCGUGAGAUUCUCGACGUACUUCAGCUAGAAGGCAACGACGCGUCCUCACUGUUUCUCCAUCUCUGCGCCAAGGUGCAGUUUCCGAGUCUUCAACGUCUGACAUUGAACACGAGUCUGUCUAUAAGUCAACUGGGCAUCCAGCCGGAAGACUUGUGUGAUGUUGCCAAGAACCUGCCUGCGCUGAAGUGUCUGGUCACCGACAGCUAUGACUUGCGGCUGUACUUCGAGUACUACGUUCCCUCGGUCUUGAUUUCAUGGUGUACCUGCACGAUUUGCAUCGCCGAACGGUCCAGGCAGCACGUAGCUGGUAGAUAAAGAUAUGUGGUUUGUGACGCCCGAGUCAUUCGCUGGCACCUAGCUUGUGCACGCAGAUCACUUGAUAUCCACCCUAUUGAAAAAAAAAAAACAUAUGUUGCACAUCCAAUAAUCCGUUAUGAACAAGUAGGGGUCCCACAUAAAAAUAUGUUCCCAUAAUAUAUCAUAAGAGUAAUGUCCCCCAUAUGAUAUAUGGGAACAUACAGGUUUCUAUAUGGGAUUCCCUGUGUUUAUAUGGUAUUAAAUGUGGCAGUUAUAGCUUGUUGAUAGAGUGGAAUACUUGAAUGACCUAGCAUAGAACAUGCUGGCGUUGAAGUGCUUAGUUGUGGACAGCAUACGGUGCGCUCCUUCACACUCCGUUUCCUCAAUAGCGCUUUUGUGUUGUCUGGUACUGUCGUCCUUGUCGACCGGUCCAGGCAUCAUGGGAAUGAUGCCGCAGGUGCUUAUAAAUUAUACAGACCAGAACUGAUUAACUUUGACACUCGCGUUCCCGAAACGACUUGGGACGGUUAUAUUGUCGUGGCAACUUUCUUCAAGCCACCGCUGUGCAAUACUCAAGUUUUGAAAAAUGGUUUUCAUGCGACAACUGGCUGUCGAGGUUGACACGUUGUUUUAAGAGGCUCGUGAGACUGUUUGUGCAUUCAUUUUGUAAUAUUAUAUACUGUUCCAGUUUCUCCUGUGACGUUCUGAAACGAAAGACCGACAAGCAGAAGGUUUGGCCGUGAUGCAUUUUGCUUACAGAAUGUAUUAAUAAACGCAGUGACGUUUAUUUAUACUAUUGAAAAACCGUUGUCGUCAUUUAAAAAUUAG